GCAAAGUUAGAUCCACAUUUCGCGGUCUGAAGUUCGGACGUAAUACUUGCAGCUAGUAACCAAUUUGUCUCAAUGGGAUCUGAAAUGAAAGACGAAGUGAGGGGACCACCCCGUGAUAAAUAUAAUUUGGUGUAUAUAAUAUUUCUUAUGUGUGGCUUGGGUGGGCUCUUACCAUGGAACUUCUUCAUUAAUGCUCAAAGGUAUUUUGACUACAAAAUGAGAAAUAGAACUCUACCUUCAGAUGCUGACUACACAGACCCUAAAUAUAUGACGCGUUCCCAAGUAUUAUUCGGUAGCUAUUUGGCAGUUUGCUCUUUGGUUCCGCUCUCCUUCAUGAUGGUUGUCAACCUACUGCUUAUGAAAUGGUUCUCCCCGUUUUCUCGGUUUGUUGUUGGUAGCUUGUUGGUGUUCAUCGUGUUUCUCAUCACAGUUAUACUCGUUUAUAUUGAGAUUAGUGCUUAUGCAUUUUUGAGUAUAACACUAAUUUCGGUUGUGUUUCUUAACUGUGGUAGUGCACUUGCCCAAGGUAGCGUAUUUGGCGUGGCAGCAGUACUUCCUUCGAAACAUAUGAAGGCCGCUUUAGAAGGACAGGCUGUUUCUGGCGUUCUUGCAUCUGUCGCUAAUAUUCUAUCUAUCGCCGCAUCCUCCUCACCUACGGUUAAUGGAUUGGUUUACUUUUUGGUCGCUCUUGUUUUCAUUACUUUCACAGCUGCUUUAUUUCUGGUUCUCCCUAAAAACGGUUAUUUUAAAUACUACUGGAGCAAGAAAGACUCAGCAGAUAACGACAAAUUUGAGGCUGAUUCUUCAUUGGAAGGAGUGAAUAAUGAUCGUAAUGAAUCUCAAGAACUAGUUAUUAACAUAAAUAAAACUGGUGUCCUAUCAACAAUGAAAGAAACAUUGCUUCCUGGAAGUUGUGUUUUAAUCACAUUGAUGAUUACUCUCUCAUUAUUCCCAGCAGUUACAGCACGUAUCAGACCUAUUACAGUUAUCCCUAAUGAUCUUUGGACAAAUGUUUACUUUGUGCCAGUUCUUGUAUUCCUAAUGUACAAUGUUGGUGAUUGGUGUGGCAGAACGCUUGCUGGUUUUAUCAAAUGGAAUUAUACUUCUUGUAUAAUUUCUUCGAACUCUAAUGUUCGGAUUUGAACUGACAAUGGCGUCUCUGUGCUAGUGUGUUAUGGAAACCUGAUCUUGUGUACGUACGUACGAAGUUCUUCGUUGUAAUUGACUGAGUCUUUUCUAAAUACAUCAGUGACUUUCGUAAGCAGUAGAUGAAUGAAAAUCAGUGAAUUUCGAAGGAUAGUUUUGAAUUUGAAAAGUGCUUGACAGUUCAAAUGUUUUUUGUAAUUUUUUAGUAUCUUUCGAUGUUUUAUCACUCACCACAAAAAUCCCUGUGGAAAAAACUGCUGAAAUUGUGUCAGUGUACUGAACUCAUUUUUUUUAUCAAUCAGCGAAUCUAAACAGCGAAACAUUUCAAGUAGAGACCUGUAUUAGACAAGGCUGCUUACUGUCAUGUUUUUUAUAUCUUCUGUUGGUUUACUGGAUUAUGAAAACCUCAACAUCUCUGGGGAAGCAUGGAAUACAGUUGACAGCUUAGAUGCAGCUGGACGAUUUGAAUUUAGUAGAUGUCUUGGCUCUUCUAUCCUACACACGACUACGAAUGUAGGUAAGGAGGGCUAGUGUAGCAGUAGUAGGUCUCAAAAUACACAGGACAAGGGCAAGAAUCUUAAAUACAAAACAAUGAGCACCAGCCAAACCAUAUUUGACUGAGAAGCUCUGGAAGAUAAGGAAACCUUUAAAUACCUAAUCAGCACCACUGUUAAACAAGGGGCAUCCGAUACAGAUGCGAAGACGAAAAUCGGCAAACCAUGGGCAACCUUCCCACAAGUGAAAAACAUCUGGUACUUAAAACAGCAGUCAGUCAACACCAUCUUGUGAAAACUUGUAGAAUUUCUACAAAUAUCAAAAAGUGCAGGUUUUCACUUGUCUACACGAAGUACUCCGGAUCUGUUGGUAAGAUACCAAAGAAUAAAUCAGCUUCCAUCUGAGGAAGAAAUUAGGACAAAACUCUGGUGAAUAGGACUCAUGCAAAUCACCAGACUGCGUUAUACUGUCAUCUCUAACUUGGAAUCAUCAAGGACUUGUGGAAGAUCAAGGUAUUCAUUGCGCCGGAAAUCGAUGGCAAACAUCAGAAUGGACAGCACUAAGGAACAGCUGAAAAGGAGGGCCCAAGAUAGAGUUGCUCGGAGAUUCCUAAUCGGCAGCCUGUGCUUCAUGAAGGGUAACAGGUGUAUGUAAUUAAACAAGUAUAGUGGUUCGCACAGCGAGAUAUUUUCCUUUCUAAAAUAAAUUGUUUUUAAUUGACUGUAAUUAUUAACUUGUAAUGAUGAGUAAUUACUUUUCUGAAUUCAUCAUGAUUAUUGGUUGAUAUUCAGUGACCAACCAGAUUUUCCGAUUACUUUCAUCAUCAUAAAUGAUCGGCCCGUUUGUUUUUAAAACUUCAAAACUGGUAUAUCACUAUUAACAAUUUGCUGACAUUAGUCAUUAUCGACCAUUUUAGACUAGUGAUUUAAUUAGGCAGAAGUUAAAAAUCUUAUCAAGUUUAUAAUAAAUUGACCUAUUUAUUAUAAAUGUGAAUAGAUUGAUUUGUUUACCAGUGUAUCCACAGUUCAAUAGGCAUAACGUGAUAGAAUUUAUAUAUUGAGGAAAGUAAAACAUAAACUCGAGAAACCUUGUGAAUAAAUGAACGAUUAUCAAUGUACUGUGAAUCGGUCAACAAAUUUACAUAUACAUUUAAAUGCGAACUUAAAAAUACUCACUUUAGUCAGUUUAAUAAAUGCAAAUAUCAUUUUAUCGAAAUUGCAGGAAACGAAAUUAAUACUUAGUCGCACUGUAGAAUCAUAACGCGUUAGCACAGCAAGAUCGAAUUGUCAGGCCUAGUGGAAGUAGAUCAAAGAUAUGAUUUGAGAACCUUAAAAAUUAUUUAAGCAGAACAAUUAUGAGGAAUUCAGGAACUGAGAAUUUCAAGGAUGAUAACUAAAGAAUGUACCUGCACUAUUGCCAAUGAUUUUGAUCUAUUCUAUUCAGUCUCUAACUAUUGGUCCCAAUAACCACAUGGACCUCAACCAAGUAGUCUAGACCUGUUAACAUGGUUCAGUCCCAUUGUCAGUAACCUCAUGAACUGGUGCUAUACACUGGUCUGCUUUUUCACUAGCCUACUCCUACACCAGAUCAUACCGCUGACCAAGGUUGGCAGUGGUUUGGCAUACGUAACAUGUCCCAGCCACCUCAACUGAUAAAGACUCCCUACUUCAUCAAUUGAUUUGCCAUUCUUACUUAGUACCAUUUUUCGUAAACUCAGCAUCGCUUAAUCGAUGGUCCAAGAAUACACGAGUAAUGCUUCGAAGACAACUAUGAUCGGAUACUAGUAGACUACGAAUAUCCUCUAUUUUUUAGUGGCCACGUUUCACAUCUGUAAAUUAAAGUAGGACGAAUUGCUGCACAGAAACCUCGUCUUUUGGUUGGCAGAUAGAUAACUCACCCACGCCUAAAGUGAUGCCGAGAUUUUAUUAUACAGCAGACCAUAAAGAUUACUGGGAUCCCGGAGAUAAGUGAAGCAGUUAACACCCCAAACUACUUCACUCUCUAUCAUUGAUUUCGGAAUCGACGCAAGCCAAUCCAGAAGCAACAUUUCCAAUUUAAGGGAACAAAAUCACUUCCCAGACAUUCUUUGUUGCUUAAGGUGGUUAGAAGAGAGCAUUGUUCAGUCUUCACCAAACAGAAUUAAAUCACGUGAGUAUUCUAAGACAGCAAGCAAACCUCUUGAUAAAAAAUCUACCUGUAAAAAGUCAGACGAUGAGCAUGUUAUAAAAUCUGCGCCCAGGUUAUCCAGUUACAACCAUACCUACCUAGAAAUCUGUUUUAUUAAAAUAAAAGUCAAUAUUGUAUUUGCUUUUUAUUAGAUGUCUAUUCUGAUCAUUCAAUCAAACUCUACUGUUUAAAAUUCAGAUCUAAUUUAUCUGUUGACAAAGUCAGUAGUUAGGCUUUGAUUCAGCUACUACUUGUAAUUUGUCAUUCCUAUGAAGGUUGUUUUAUAUUUAACUAUGUGAUAAUUCUAUUUAGUUUGAACUUAUGUUAAUGGGUCUUUUUUUUCAGCCUAGAAGAAAUCAAAUGGUAUU